CAACAGGUGUGUUAGUGUCUGCUACUCACUCCCUCCCUCGCUCUCCAGAAACACCCCCUGACCAUCCACUCACUGUACUCGUUACCUCGUCCCUCGUUGCUUCCAGCAGCGCAGAGUGCCGUGAGAGAGCACAUACCAGCGCUGGGGCGAUGAAAAGCGCCGGCAUUCAUCGCUGAUAAGGAAGGCAGGGGAAAGAUUUUUGUGUGUGUGGGUGUAACUGUACGCUGCCGCAUGCAAGUGCGUUUUGCAUUGUUGAGAGAGAGAGGGAAAAAAAAGUCCAGAAGUCGUUAUAUAGGACGAGGCAAUAGAUUUUCGCGUGACCAAGACAAUGAUUGAUCGGAUGUGUGGGGGUUCAAGUGAGAGGUUGACCAGUGCAACUUGCAGUCAGACCCGUACGAAGGUGGAGGUCUGAAUAUAUUAAUUAACUUGUCUGUCUCUACUACACCACCAUCACUGCACCAGUGAUACCGUCACUGCACUAGUGCUGCCGUCACUGCACUAGUGCUGCCGUCACUGCACUAGUGCUGCCGUCACUGCACUAGUGCUGCCGUCACUGCACUAGUGCUGCCGUCACUACACUAGUACUGCUGUCACUGCACCAAUGAUACAGUCGCUGCACUACUGCUGCCGUCACUGCACUAGUACUGCUGUCACUACACCAGUGAUACCGUCACUGCACUAGUGCUGCCGUCACUACACUAGUACUGCUGUCACUGCACCAGUGAUACCGUCACUGCACUAGUGCUGCCGUCACUGCACUAGUGCUGCCGUCACUACACUAGUACUGCUGUCACUGCACCAAUGAUACAGUCGCUGCACUACUGCUGCCGUCACUACACUAGUACUGCUGUCACUGCACCAAUGAUACAGUCACUGCACUAGUGCUGCCGUUAUUGCACCAGUGCUACAGUCACUGCACUAGUGCUGCCGUCACUGCGCUAGUACUGCUGUCACUGCACCAGCGAUACCGUCACUGCACUAGUGCUGCCGUCACUGCACUAGUACUGCUGUCACUGUACCAGUGAUACCGUUACUGCACUAGUGCUGCCGUCACUACACUAGUACUGCUGUCACUGCACCAAUGAUACAGUCACUUCUCUAGUGCUGACGUUAGUGCACCAGUGCUACAGUCACUGCAUUAGUGCUGCCGUCACUGCACUAGUACUGCUGUCACUGCACCAGUGAUACCGUCACUGCACUAUUGCUGCCGUUAUUGCACCAGUGCUACAGUCACUGCACCAGUGAUACCAUCACUGCACUAGUGCUGCCGUCACUACACUAGUACUGCUGUCACUGCACCAGUGAUACCGUCACUGCACUAGAGCUGCCGUUAUUGCACCAGUGCUACAGUCACUGCACCAGUGAUACCAUCACUGCACUAGUGCUGCCGUCACUACACUAGUACUGCUGUCACUGCACCAGUGAUACCGUCACUGCACUAGUGCUGCCGUUAUUGCACCAGUGCUAGAGUCACUGCACCAGUGAUACCGUCACUGUACUAGUGCUGCCGUCACUGCACUAGUGCUGCUGUCGCUGCAUAAGUAAUACCAUCACUGCACCAGUGAUACCGUCACUGCACUGGUGCUGCCGUUAUUGCACCAGUGCUACCAUCACUGCAACAGUUCCGUCACUGCACAAAUGCUACCGUCACUGCUCAAGUGCUACCGUCACUGCACCAGUGGUUUCAUCACUACACCAGUGAUACCGUCACUGCAUUAAUAGCAUCAUCACUGCACCAGUACUGCCCUCCCUUCACCAGUGUUACCGUCACUGCAUCAGUACUACUACUAUCACUACACAAGUGCUGCCAUUACUGCCUCAGCGCCAUCAUUGUAGCAGUGCCAUAAUCACUGCACCUGUGCUACCGUCACUGCAUCAGUGCUACCAUUACUGCACGAGUGCUACUAAACUACACCAGUGCUACCGUCACUGCACCAGUGCUACCGUCACUGCACCAGUGCUACUGUCACUGCACCAGUGCUACUGCCACUGCAGCAGUGCUACCGUCACUGCACCAGUGCUACCGUCACUGCACCAGUGCUACUGUCACUGCACCAGUGCUACCGUCACUGCACAAGUGCUACAGUCACUGCACCAGUGCUACCGACAUUGUAUAAGUGCUACCAUCACUGCACCAGUACUACCAUCACUGCACCAGUACUACCAUCACUGCACAACUGCUACCAUUACUGCCUCAGUGCCACCAUCACUGUAACAGUGCCACUUCAGUAUAUAUAAUCCUACCGUCCCAUAUUGUUUCCUCUUGUGGACAUUACAAUAUUCAAAUGUUUCUUUAGUUCAUGUAGCGACCACUUGUACUCCCCAAGACUCUCUGAUAGCUGUUGUUGACUGUACUGUAAGAGAGUCCUCUUUAUGUAACGUUUUCUCACCCAAAGUGAGUGGUAUUGUGAGAAUUAGUUAUCAUCUUACAGGGUGAUAUAUACGUGCUUACCAGGCUCCCCCUUGUGACGUCUCUUUUAAGCACCUCUUUCAGCUUUUUGUUCUGUUUAAGGAUUGAACAUGUUCAACCAGUCUUUUCUGAUUUCUUCAUUACCUUCCUGUCAACCCACCUUACUAUGUUAUAAGAUCUCAUUAAGAUAGGAAAUUUGCAGUGUGUGUUUAUCUUAACCACCUGCGUCAGUCAACCCACAGUUCCUGGUUGGUAUUUCUUGAGCCUUUAUGAAUCUGUAAAGACUCGCCUUCACCUCAACUCAUCACAGAGACUGUAACUUUCUCUUGUUUUAAGUUUAUGUUCGGAGAAAGUUGCCUUUAGCUAUUACCUUCCCUCUGUGGCUCCUAGCCUUCCAGUCUACUAGAAGGCUAGCUUUCUUUCCCUCUCUCUCUGACGUAGGCUAAGGAGAUGUGUGCCCCUCACCCUCGAUAGUAAAUAGAUGCCAUUCCUUUACCUUGGAUAGCAAGGGAUGCCUGUCCCUCAUCCUGGAUAGCUAGGGGAUGCCUAUCCCUCACCCUGGAUAGUCAAGAGGAGUCACGGUGCCCCCGCGGGGGUAGGGAGGCCAGGAUGUGUUCCUCCCUAGCCUCGGGGAGCCUGGACGGGGGCGGCCCACCCCCACGACCCACCACCACUGCAGCAGACGUCAAGAUGAGACGUUUCACCCUUCCCAACCUCUUCCUCACUGUAGAAGGUCAAGACCGCAAACUCGAGGAGAUAUGUCCAGGAAUCUACGAGUAUACUGGUCACCGGAGGUCGACCAGGUCACCCAAGUCACCCAAAUCACCCAGGUCACCCAAGAGUGUGAAGAGCAGCUCCCCCAUGAGUCCCCGAGGUGGUCACUGCCACUGUCACUGUACAGCACUGCCCAGACAGGAUGACCAAGGAUCCUCAACAGCUCCUCACCAAGUCCUCGCAGGAAGCGACCACCAUACAGUCACAUACUCCUCAGUGACCGUAAACCAUCAGCUGGGAACCUUCUGGCUACCACCUUCGGUAUAGUGGACCGUGACUCAGU